AUGAAUUUUUCGGCGGUUGGAACAAAUCAAACGAAGAUAAGCAUGUGGACGGCAGUGUCCGAGCUAAUUAUGGAGCGGAUCGAUGAUCUGGUCUACUCCGAACUGCUCGUCCUCUCAUUUUUCUUCUCAAUGAUUAUGCGACAGGUGCGAUGGGGAAUUGUUCGGGAAAUCUGUGGUGCUCUGAUUGGCAUUGGUUUAACUUAUUAUUUUACGGGUUGGAAAUUGCUCUAUUCGCUUAUCAUUGUUAUUCUCAAUCUUGUUGGUUUGAGUUUUGAAAUUUCCGAUAGUCGCAAAAAGAAUGCAAUGGAUUUCGACCCGAAGAAAACCCGGUUUAUUGAGGAACCUCGCUGGUGGCAAUCGAUUUUGUACGCCUAUAAUUUCCCCGGUCUUUUUACGGGCCCUUAUUAUACAUAUGCGAUGCAUCGAGAUGUUGUCGAUAAUGAUAAUAUAAUGGAGAUUUCAGUUUGGGAUCACAUUUCUUGGCGCCUCCAUAAUCUUGCAUGGGCAUUGCCUGCUUUCAUUCUGCUUGUAUACGCUUUCCCUCUUCAGAUGAUGCGUGAAAGUGAAUUUUUCGAUGAAACAGCAUUUUACCGGGUUUGGAUCAGCUUUUUGGUUUUCCUCUGGAUGCGUUGUCGCGUCUACAGUGCUUGGAUGGUGGCCGAAUCGAUUUGUGUGCUCAAUGGAAUUGGAAUUUAUCCAGAAGAAAGUUGUCCAUCAGCUGGCAAAGGGCCCAACCGAAUUGAUAUUUUCAAUGAGCAAAUGAACGGUAAGGGAACGAAGUAUAACUCGGAAGCGGUACGCAAUUUGGACAUUUGGGCGAUUGAAUUCGACGCAACAUUUCGUGGUGGCAUGCGGGCCUGGAAUCGUACUGUACAGUUCUGGCUGGCAAAUAAUGUAUACAAACGAGUACCCCGUACUGUCGGGUAA